CCUAAGAAAACCACCUGCUUCAGUUUGGGCACCCGGGGAGUAUUAAGGCCCUCACACAAAUCAAGUGAUUUGUGUGGCGCAUAUGUAUUUGGUAUUUCCUUGUACCAAUGCUUAUGUGUACACAAAUAAAUAAAGGUUACUGACUACUAGCGUGAGCUUAUGGAUGACUUAGAUUUCCCUAGUGUACGAGUUAUCUAUAUUCCGUAUUUAAGGGGUAAGCAACUUCAUCUAAAGCCUGUUUCAAUGAAAUAAAUGUAUUUAUUCGUUAUCUCGAUCGUUUUGCUUUCGUAUUCUGUUUCGUUUUCCUAAGACUAAUAGUACUGUUAUCCUCUAUUACGACUAUUAGUUUUUUGUGUAUUACACAUUAUUAUAUCAAAAUUAAGGCAAAUAUUUGCCUUUGGCUGUGGCGUUAAUGUAUGUAUUUUUUACAGUGGAAUGAAAACUACCUAAAAAAACUUAUUGGAACCUAACUUAUCUGAUUGUUUUCCUUUGCGUCUAAUCAUAGCCCUAAUGAACUGGAUAUUUCCAACUGCAAUUUACAGAAAUCUAUUUUAAGAUUCAUCGGACUUUUGUACACUAAGCUUUCGUAAUAUAAAAUAAUACGAUGCAAAUUUAACAAAUUAUUUGACAAUAACACAAGUAAACAUCAAUAUUUAUGUCUAUGGCUUCUAUGUACUUACCUUUACUAUAAUCUGUCCAUAUAUCAGAUGUUAGCUUCAAAAAUUGCUUUACCGAUCAUCUUCAGUUGUUGCUGGUUCAAAAUCCUGCUUUACAAUGGUUUGCAGUCACUGGUGAUUAUUGUCCAUCCUCUUCUACUCAAUCUGCUCAAACCCAACAUUUCGCACAAGCUUUUGGAUUGUCUGUGCCGAUCAGAAGAGCGCUGAGUCCCAAACAGUCACUGACCCAUUCUAAUUUCACAUUAUUUCCAACUGGUCGAAGUGUUGACAAUCAAAGUCGUCAUCAAUUGAGCUCUGGAGAUCACUGUUCAAAUAUCAUUACACCUGUAAUCGUCACUAUGCCUCGUCAUUCACGUUCAAAUGGAAACCAGGAUAUAGAUCUGCCAGUUUUCACAGAACCACUUGGUCCAAUUGCAACUGGAUGUAAACGUGAUGCUUCUGCACUGUCAGCAAAUUGUACUAUUCCCCCCAUUACAACAACAGCUAACAUCGCAUUGGAUACUAACGAUCAGUGCACUAUUUAUCUCCCACCAAAACCUAAAGAAUCGGAGAGAAUGAUGCAUAUACAACGGUGGGUGAACCAUCUUCCUUGGAAUCUGAAUAACGUGUGCGAUGCCUCUGGUCGGCCUCAUGUACCUUAUCCGAUUCCCGUUCGUUCUCACAUAGACGAUGAUCGUGAAUUAACUCCCCCUCCUGGUCGAACUUACUUAACUAGAUUACCAUUCACACCCGAGGAACAACAAGCCAUGGUCCGAUUCUUCCCUUCCCAUACAAGUCAGUUUCGUCACCAGCAUCAGACGCACGCUGUUCCGGAUCCCCAACCUAGGUAUCACACCUUCCCCAAUCAUUGUCCGAAUCAACAAACAUCCAAUAAUCAUCAAUUUUCUUCAUCCCAGAGGCCUAGUCAGGAAGCCUGUAAUGUCUUUCCUUCCGUUAGAAAUAUUCCUGAGUAUGUCAAUGAGAAUAACCGGAAACGUGGACAAGAAGAUAUUGGAGGUAGUCGAUUAUUUGCAGAUUGGGAGACCAGACUUAUUAGUCGACUUUUUAAAGAGUUCUUUCACGGAAAUCCUAAACCUAAUGGUGUAUGCGGUACACUGCCUUCUCUUAGUGAAGUUCGAUCUCGUAUAGCCUCUUCACGAUUGAAAGAAACAAGAACAGCUACAGCUGUCAGAUCUAAAAUUCGUCGAAUGCAAUCAUCCGGUACAUGGUUAAAGUAUCAAUGAUAACUGUAUUUUCCACUGUCUAAAACCUUUUUAAUAGUCUUUUUGUAUUAAGUGAGUAGUAGUGCUCACUUGUUAAAAGCCAGUAGACAACAAUAAAAAACAAAUAGCGCUCAAAUGAUAUAUAUAUGGUUUCGAAUUGGAAUUUCUUUUAUUCUACGUCAUUGUUCUAGUUUUGCAGUCAAACUUUAUAAUUCAUAUUUCAACCGUAUCAUUCCAGAAUAUAUACAUGUGUAUGUCCGAUCCUUUUACUGUAACCUUACUGUUUACAGAAUCUACUGGCCACCUACAAUAUAUUUAUAUAUAUAAAAUAUGUAUGUAUGCAAAAGGAAUUUACUUGAUGACAACAUAUGCUGUUUAUAGCUCCCGUGUUCUUUCUGACCUUCAAUAUACAUAUACUUUACUAAUGUUCAAAACUUAUCCUUUCCUGUUAAAUACUUUAAUGUACUCUCAUAUUUAUUUUCUUCUUUCUCGUUCGUUUCGUUUAUGGGUACUUCGUACAGUAUUAUCAUUUUAUAUACAUACAUAUAUAUAUAUAUAUUAUCACCAUUAUCAGCAUUUUGUUUCCAAAUUUUUCUCUAUUCCCAUAAUUUGUCUCUUAUAUCAUGUGUUAUUAGAUAUCAAUUUGUGCAUAUCAACUCUUUUUGUUUGUUUCUUUGUUUCCGUUUCUUGUAUGUUAAUUUUGUUUCUGAAAAUUUAUUACUACUACUUAUCUUGUUUGUUUUGCUUUUUUUCAUUCUGUGUAUACGAGAAACAAGAAAUCAAUGUAAUAAACUUUGUCUCCAUUCUGUUUUAUAAUAAGGGUAGCCUGGUUUUUGAAAUUUAUUAGUUAAUAAUACUACUAAUAAUAACGAUCAAUUUGCUCAUCUCUUAAAUAAAAUUUCUCGUAGUGGCUGUUCAAUGACUUUAACUAGUAUCUAUUGUAAAUGUAUCAUAGAAUUUAGAUCUGUUUGAUGUACAUGUGUUAUGAGUUAAUUCGAAAGGAAUAAUAACUCAUUCCUUUUCUACACUCGGCCUCUGUUAGGGAAGUUCUACUCACUGCCGUCUCGUAGCGGGGGUGUUGUUCACGAAAUUGAG